ACUGUCAUAGGCGUACUUUUUACGAUACUCGGCACUUUUGCGAUUGUGUGUCGAAUCCUCACGCUCGUUCAACGGCGACGGAAGACUGGAUACGAUGAUCAUGCCAUGUUCGUUGCAUAUAUUUUUUCGGUGGCCUUCACGAUAGCGACGUUCAUUUCUGUUCGAUGGGGUGUUGGACUUGAGUUGCGAGAUGUGCCGCUCUUUUGGGCAGAGAGAGCGAUUCAGGCCGUCUACGCCGAAGAGGUUUUCUACUACCUGACUGUGUUUGCUGUGAAGCUGUCUUUGAUGUGCCUGUAUUUACGGCUGGGCAAUGAGCUCCGUGGAUGGUUCUGGUAUACAAGCCUGGCUUUGCUUGCGGUCAUUGUGUUGCACUUCAUCACGACCGUGAUCGUGUUUUCUGUGCAAUGCAUACCGAUGAAGAAAUACUGGAGACCGAGCACACCCGGAAAAUGCAUCGACAUCACAGCAUUCUUUUACUCCGCGAAUAUCUUCACAAUUAUCACUGAUCUCGUGAUGAUCGCUUUGCCAAUGCCGAUCAUCUGGAAGAUACCCAGGCCACGGGCACAAAAGAUCGGUAUCAUGGCUGCUUUCUUGGUUGCUGGUCUGGGCACACUCGCAAGUUGCAUCAGAAUGUAUUCGAUCAAAAUCUUCACCGACUCGCGACAGCCCAUGAGAGACGCUGCACCUAUCAGUACAUGGUCGUUCAUCGAGAUCAACCUAGGAAUCUUGUGCGCUUCUGUUGCCGGUAAGCGAUCAGGGCCAACUCUUCAAGAGUGCCAUGCUGACUCGUGA